UCACCGAGUGGUUUCUGCGCUCAGUCGACGACGAACGUUGACGAUUGACGGUGUGAAUUAAAUAGUUACCGGACGGCUAAACGGAUUUGGUUAUUUUUGUGUGAAGCAGUAUUUCUUGCAGUUAAUGAAAAAUAGCAAUAAGAGGUACCGUGAAUUGGAGAACAAGUUUGUUUUUAUUGGAAUAAAGACAAAUUAGAAUCAAAUAAGUUUUUAAAUUGAAUUAAUUUCAAACGCUGGCUUAAAAACAAAAUGCACUCAAGUGGUGUAGGUACAUACAUACUGACAUACAUACACAUGUGAACCCAUUUGUGCAGUGCUGCGAUUAUCAAUUCUAAUAUAAACAAAUACCAGAAGUGGUGCAAACGUGAAUAAAAAGCAACUUUAUUUUGGCUACAUAAAAAUUCGAAACCUACGGUAAUGUACUACAUCCAACAUCUUCGCUUACAAUACAACCUAAUAUCACAAUGCUUCGUCAAAAUAUAUCGAACCACCUUCGCCCAUUUUUAAUGCUUCUUGGCGGAUUCGUAAUAGGAUUUUGUUUCUCACAACAGCUCCGCAGCUCAAAUUGUGUAUUUCGUUUGGGUUUGCCCAACGCCAGUUAUCUAGAUCGAGUUGAGGAAUACGAUGAUCAUGUAGAGCUGAUUCAAAAUGAGGAAAUUCUCCAGACACGGAUUUCUAAUACAGAUGAAAACAGACUAGCCGCGCAACUAUACAAUGAGACUCGAGUACUCUGUUGGGUGCUAACCAGUCCAAUCAACCACGCAAAGAAGGCGAUACAUGUGAAGAAAACAUGGGGUAAGCGCUGCAAUCGAUUGCUCUUUAUGAGUACGGAGACAGACGAUGAACUGGAAAGUAUAAAAUUGCCUGUAAAAGAAGGGCGUGGUAAUUUGUGGAACAAAACAAGGGAGGCGAUGAAGUAUAUUUACGACAAUCACUUUGAUGAUGCUGAUUGGUUUCUGAAGGCAGAUGAUGAUACGUACGUUAUUAUGGAAAAUCUACGCGUAUUUUUAUAUCCUUUAGACACCAAUGCACCGGUCUAUUUCGGUUGCAAGUUCAAAAAGUGGGUUAGACAAGGUUACAUGUCUGGCGGCGCUGGCUACGUAAUGAGCAAAGAGGCCGUCAAACGUUUCAUGAAUACCGCCUAUCCAAAUACAACAAUAUGCCAAAAUGGCCACGGCGGUUCAGAGGACAAAGAAAUGGGCAAAUGUUUACAAAAUGUAGGCGUGGUCGCAGGAGACUCACGGGAUGAACACAAGCGUGGACGUUUCUUCCCCUCCGGUCCGCAGGGGCAUCUUAUACCGAAAGACAAAUCAAGUUGGUACUGGCGUUAUAUAUAUUAUAAAACGGAAGAUGGGCUCGACUGUUGUUCAGAUUACGCGAUAUCUUUCCACUACGUACAGCCUUCCUAUAUGUAUGUACUGGACUACCUGAUAUACAAUUUGCGUCCAUUCGGCGUUUUUAGACAGAAUACAGCACUGCCAGCAAAACGGAAUAUGACUGAAUUAUUAGAGCAAUGGCGAAAUGACAAAUCUGAUAAUCCAGUUUAAACGAUUGCUUGGAAAAAUGAAAUUUGGUAAACGAAAACCAAGCCAAUGUGAAAGGUACAAUAAUUGCAUGUGGAAAUGUUGAAACCUGCGCUCUAUAAACGGGUAUAUAUAUAUAUUAUAUUAGUAUGCGAAUUUUUGCCUAAUAAACAAAGGAAAUGUAGAUAGGCAAAUGAGCCUUUAUAUGGGCGUACAUACAAAUUUAGUUAAUAUAUUUGAAAAUUUAUAAAAGUUAAGUAAGAAUUUUAACGGUGCAACUAUACUAAAGAAGAAUAUAGCUAAGUGAUAAAAUGUGAUUUGAAACAUUAGGCGUAAAUAAAUAGGAAUAAAGUAAUUAAUUAAUGUAAUUAAUUUUGUGCCAAAAUCAUAAUUAAAACCUUAAAAUUGGAAUAGUUCCAUGAUGAAAAAAACAUGUCUAUAUUAAAUACAUAAGUAACACAUAUUUAUAUACAUAUAUAUAUUAUAUAUAUAUAUAUUUAUGCAUAAGUAACAUAUAUGUAGAUAUUUAUACAUUACAAACAUUUCUGUACAUAGAAAUCGUAUUUCAGAAUUAUUCAUAACAAAUUUAAGAUGGCAUUUAUAAAAAUCAUAUAUUUUUUCCUUAUAAUAAUUAGUGCCACAUACGACUACUUUCUAUCCUUAAUUUAAUCCACACAUUUGGAUAAUUUUUUCAUCUACAAUAUUUAGCUAGUAUUUGGAACUUCAGUAAUUAAAUUAAAACACAAAUUAUUAUAAAAGGUGUCGUGCAAAAUCUACGCAAUUUUUGCCAAUUUGGAAGUAAUGACUUACUUCACCGAGAAUCUCAUGCAAUUCUAGCUAUCAGCAUAAUGAACUUUACUAAAAACUAUGUAGAGCUAAAAUGUUCAGAAAUGUUCCCCGUUAUUUUUUCUAUGGAACAGCAGAAUACAUCAAUAUAUCUAAACUGCAAGGAUCACAUAGUUUCCUAUGCCAAUUCACCUUAAGAUAGUGAAGAUCAUCAUCAAAAUUUUCAACUUUUUAAUGAGAGCCAUUAGAAAACUUCUAAAUUUGCUACUCUAUGGCCCAUUCAAUUUGAGUUUUUUUUUUUUCAUAUGACGCACAGGGUCGGAUGUAUUUUACAUAGAAAAAAAUUAUUGACAAGGUAUGAAUAACAAUUUAAAAAAUCAAGGUACCUUAUCAUACUGAAAUUGAAUGAGCUACAAAACUGCGUACAUCUCUUUCUAGUUUCUAUAGAUUCUAAUUGUAAAGUUUAAAACUUUGAUUGCAGUUUUUUAUAUAAGUCAUUUGUUAAAUUUUUGUGAAUUUCGUACAACGUUUGAAACUUUAAACAUUUGUUAUAAAGGGUUUUUCAAUAAGGGCGGGUAUGCAUGCAGAAUGUCAAUCGUGGCGUUUGCUGUGUGGCACGUAGCGCCGUCCUGCUGGAACCACAUGUCUAGGUCCAUAUGGUUUAAUACGGGCCAUAAGAAAUUGGAAGGGCCACCACGUCUACCGAAAAAUGGACGCAAUGCGCGCAACGUUUGCGUUAAUGAACACUCAUUUUGAUAAUAAAGUUUUAUCAUUUGAACGUGCUGUUCAAUCGUGUAACUUGCCAUGAUGAUUUGGCAUAAACAACUGAAUAAUAGACAAAAGAUUUGACAGAUGUCACCAAAACAAAGUGGCUGCCACAGGACGCCAAAAUCGACCCGCGCCAAUUGAAAAACCAUUUACAAUGGAAUAUAUAUAAAUUUUUUUGUAAUUAUCGAGAAAAAAACUAACAUUAAAAAAUUGUGAAUAUUGUAAAAAGGUUAAGGGGUUAUAGGUAUACCUUGUGAGCCCGAAAAAAUGGACGAUUGUCAUAAUUUUUUUUAAAUAUGCUUUAGAACUUUUAUUCAAAUGAGGCAUAUAUCAUACUGAAGGCUAACUCUCAAAGAAUACAGUUUGGUGUUUUUAUUUUUAAAAAUAUUAUUAUUUAUUGUUGAUAUCGCCCCUUCCCCGAAAGCACAUGAGCAGCUCAACUGAAACCAAAAAAAUUAAAUUAUUAUUGUGCAAAAAUGUUUUUAGUAAAUCUGAACGGUUUAUUUACGAAACAAAAUUUUUUCUCGAUAUAAAAACUUUGCAUCAAAAAAAAAAGAUUUUUGAAGGGUUAAAAAAUUCAAAAAAAAAAAAUUUAUUCCAGCGAACCAUGCAAAUAUUUAUAAAAAGUGAACUGUUCAAAUUCACGAGGUUGUAACUUCGAAUAAUUAAAAGGAAGUUUAUGCAAAUCGGUCAAAUAGUAUUUGAUAAAUAAAGAUAACCGCGACGUCUUCGAGAUAAUCGCGCCUAAAGUUUGCGUGCACUUCAUUUAUGGAUAUUCGAGCGCUUCCACGGUCUGUAACUUUCGUUCUAGUGCUCCGAUCUUUACGAUUUUUUGAAUUUAUAUUUUUAAGGUGAUGUACUUUUAUAAUAUGCCAUAAAAGUUUUUCGAUUCUUUAGUCCAACACAAGGUAUAUAACCCCUUAAGUGACUUAAUUAUGUGAGCUCAACUGUAUAUACAUAAGAAAAACUAUAUGUACAUAUAUUAGUUUGGUGAAAAAGAAAUCCAUUACUUUAGUCUGGUAUGCACCGCUUUGUUGUAUAAUUUGUUGCCGUUUUAAAUGUAGAUAAAAAACUCCAAUAAUCAAUUUUCAUAAUUUUCACUUGAUACCAAUUUCUUGCAAUUUCUUCUUUUUUUCUGUUCGCCAAUUCUGGCCAUUUCUGGUCAAUUGUUAGCUUCAAACGGUCCAGGUGUUGACAGUAGAGACCCGAAUUCAGUGUUUGGUCAUACGGAAGCGCCUCAUAAUACAAAAGUACAAAUGCACAGUAGAACCUUUCUGGCGCUUGGUCCUGGUUUGGCCACCGUUUGAGCUGCAUCAUCACACUUUGACUACGAUCGCUUUCGUACAAUAUUGUCGCAUGUGAUUCAUUACUCAUCCUCAAUCCUCACCUGUUUAAGAAAUUGGUCGAUUUUCAUGACAAGGCUACGCAGAUGGAAAUUCGAUCGAUCAUGUUUUUUGGUGUUAAUUGGUGCGGCACCCAAUCAUCGAACUUCUUCUUUGUGAAUCCAGCUUUGCGCAAAUGGCUUAAAACUGUUUUAAUGGUCGAUCUUUAGCUCCUGGGCGAUGCUGCGGCUACUAACAAGCUAGUGAACUUCGAUUAUUUCUGUGAUUUUGUCGAAAUUUUCUUUAAUAUCAAAAAUGCCUAAACAGAAUCGACGAAACCAAAAUUGUACGUACACCAUAAACAUCAUUCACAAUUUCAGCGUCCUGGCUUGCAUUUUCGCCUUUAUUAAAGAAAAACUGUAAACCACCGAAUUUUCUCUUUGUUGACUUCCAUUGUUACCCUAUAACUCACAACUGAAAUGAACAAACAAAAGCAGCAAACAUAUUUUUUUAGUGUGCAAUGCCACCGUGACAACGAGCAUAAGCUUUAAACUGUUUGAUCUGUACUUUACGAGAUAUCGAUCCAUACAGACAUCUACCUAGAAAAUAGUGGAUUUCCGCAAAAUAAUGUAAUAAUUCUAAAAACGACCAUUACAAGCAGAAGUUCCUGGUAUAUCGCACAGACAUAUAUUUUUUUAGUUUCGGUAUUUUGCAGAUGAAAUUAUCCUGAAAAUGUAUGAAAUGCAGAGCUAUUUCACAAAGUUGAGAAGAGAAUAAAUUGCAAUCAUAGAUCAUCAGCGGAUAAAGUUGCCUAGAUCUUGCACAACAUUUUAUGAAAUUGUACAAGGUGGCGCAAAAUUAAUCACCCUAUUGGAAGAUUUUGAAUUUUUGAAAAUGGUGUCGUACGUCAGUCAUAUUUGACACUUGUGAACCAAUCAGCUGCAGUAUAUAAACAGAUAAGCAAUGGGGCGCGUAAAGUUCAGAAUAAAGAUUUCGAUUACUCAAAAUCAUUUUUUUUAUUUAGUAAAAAAAAUUUUCAAAACAAAAAUGGAAUGACUAAUUUUGCGCCACCUUAUAUACAUAUGAGAGUGCCUUAAUUAGUUUCACUAAGCCCUUGUGAAAAAUAUUAUCGAUCUCACGUAGAAAGGGAAAACCUAAUUGUUUUUUGGAUUCUGAUAGGCUAUAAUGAAAUAAAUCAGCUUGAAAAAUUGUA